AUGGCGCCCAACUGGACUCAAUCGGCACAAUGGAUUUGGACGCCUACCUACCAUGAAGAAGACAAUCAGCCAGGGCGGGAAAUAGGCAAGUUGAUUGUGCAUGUCUCCGCGGAUAGUCGCUAUAGGCUCUUCGUCAAUGGCCAGCGCGUGAGUUUUGGGCCAUGCAAAACUUAUAUGGAGCGAUGGCACUAUGAGACGGUGGACAUCCUGCCCUAUUUGCUGAAGGGUGAAAACGUUCUGAGCGCACGUGUUCUCCGUUACUCGUCUGUUACACCGGGCUCUUCUUCGAUAAUCAGUACAGAAAUUCCGGGCUUUUUGCUCCAUGCCGAGAUUGAGGUGGGUGUCCUGACUCCGAGAUGGCACAUGUCCAUCACAUAA